UACAUCUCGGAAGAAAUAAUGGAGUUCUCGGAGGUGUAUGACUUCGAAGCGACUGGCCCAACGAAUGCACGAGUACUGAAAGUUUACUCAGAUGCUGCCACUCGCACUCUUCAAGAAAUCAGUUUUCCUAACAAGGCGGGUGGAUUCGGCUAUACUACUCCUACCUCCUCUGUGACAUCCAGCCGGUUCAUCAUCUGGCGUUCUGAUGGCGAGUCUUUGGAGUUAAUGCAGACGUCCCUCGAUGACUACUCGGUUUCCGAUUGGCUAACAGUGUGCUUUAGUGGAUCCGCCGUUGUAAACUGCUGUGUAACUUCUGGAUCGAACAGCAUAGAGUGCCUUGUAUGUACGUCGAAUGGAGGCGCUAGGUUAUCCUUCUCUCUUUCUUUCGAACGUCCAAGGCUCUUCAAAGAUUGCCUUGAUUUCUACUCAUUCUAUCAAAUCAAAGGAUUGCAACCAUCUCUUAUAAAUGCAUCUACUGCGGGGUUAAUCCAGGAGACCGCGGAAGUCGUUUUUGCCUACGGUUUGUCUUCUGGCUCUAUCCUCGUUGCUCGUGCAGCUUUUGGAACUACUGAGAUAUCGGAGGUUUUCGAGUUACACCAAGCGUCGAUGAUCCAGAAACUAUGGAGUGGAAUAACGCCAUUCGCAAAGUCGGACAGUGACCCGUCUGCAGUCGUAGAUAUGGCCCUAAUCAUGACCGAUCAUGGAGAUCACUUGAUUGUUUCUGUUUGCAAGGAUCAUCGCCUUCGUUUGUGGGAUUUGAAACAUCGUGAUUGCUUGCAAGUAUUGGAAUUACUAGACUUGCUACCGGACCACAAUGCUUGUAGUACCGGAUCAGGAUCACUUCAUUCGCAUUUAGCUCCUGGCAGCUUCCAUCGCAUAACAAGCUAUUCUAUGAAUAGCGGUGAUUCCGCUGGUUUGUUGGUCUAUCUAUCGCUUUCGCUGAAUUCUUCCCUGGGAUCGAUGCAAAAUGCUCUCUCCUCAUCUGGUACAUGCUCGGCCAACUAUUGGUGCUGGUUACAGCUAGAUUUGUCCAAUUUUCGUCGGCGUGAUCGUGAAUGCCUUCGAGUUAAGGGUAUCGAUCGUCUGGCCACCCCUGCGAGUCCGGUGUAUGCAUCAAAGUCAUCAAGUAAUUGGGAGCAAUCUGGAAUUGAGGAAUUUAGUGUUCUGGACUUUAUACCGACGCAACUCAAUGCCAGCCCGUUUUGGAGUUCAAAUGAAAAUUCUGUUUUCCGGAGAAGACAUCCUGAAAACCAUGGUGUCGUGGAAAACCUUCAUGGUGUCUGGUGGCUGGCUCAGCAAGUAGCUGACAAUCAAGCGAACCUGGAUGAUCGGUACUAUGUUCAGUGGUCCUGUGGUUCCCCCCACACUGUUUCCGUGCCAGUGGUCAAAAAUGGUACUGCAGUUCCUCCAGGAAUCAACCCCGACAAUCAUAUCCCGAUUUGGAGGCACCAGUCUCCUAUUCUGGUCCAGACCCAAGAAACUAUUUUGGCAUCAACAACAGAAGAAUGCCCCUGUCGGAUCACAGUGGACGAUGUUGACGAGUUCCUGGACUUUUUGUUCAGUCCUGGCCGUUUUUCUCGGUUUGCCAUUGCAAGCUCUUUGAAGAGUGAAUUUCAAGUGUUACUACUUCUUCAUUUUGAACCCCAGUCGCUCCGUAACUCACACCAGUUGCCUGCUGAAGAUACUGUCACCUUAUUUGAACGCAUGGGUGAGCUGCGCUCCGAAGUACGCCGAACACUGGUGGAUGAACUCUUUUACAUCACCGAGAUGGGUGAUUUUCUAACCUUGUUGAAGACAUUUCAUGCCACUGCAAUAGACUACCACGAGUAUGGACUACAGCCCUUGGGAUUGUUUGAAGUUCCUUACGGUACGGCGUUGCUCAGCCCAGACCAGCAGACCUACUUACCCUAUGCUCCAGGCCUGGUUAUCGUGCGUCGUUGGGGCUUCUCCGUUCUACGGCCAUUCGACAACCACGAGCGGUUAAUCUGGAACCAGCAUUCAGAUCAGCCACUGUGCAUACCGCUAGAACCCGUGUCCGCCGACACAUGCUCAUCUAAACUGGAUGUUUCGAAAGCCGCAGCACGACUCGCCAUUCGCACUCGAGUUUUAUUGGAGCAUUUGUGCAAGGAAACCUCAUGGCACACGUGGAAAUCCAUACUCUACGGUUCAGUCUCUCCGUUCCUCGUGGAUCCGGACCACAGCUGGGAUCCCAAUAAACUGGUGGAGGCUAUACUGGAGUUUUUUUACUGUACAUUUCGAUGCCUCGGGAACAUUGAUACGAUUGUCAUUCCUUCGUGCAGUGAAGAACUGGGAGGAAAGUUUGGUUCUUUCGAACCAGCUACAUUCACGGAUCCGCUCGAUUGGCAGCAAUUUGUAUUUUUGGACCCGCGUUCCAGGACCACAGAGUUGCUUGCGUUGGACAUGCUGAUAAGACUGUUGGAACAACGUCCUUUCGCGUACUUUGGACAGACAGCAUCCGAUAUGGCCAACGAUAGAUCUCGCUCGGACCCAGUGGGGCAGGACUUACUGAGCAACCUACGUCAUUCAACUAGGAAUCAACAAGCUUCGAAUCCCUUGUGGUUUGCGUCCACCGGUUCUCCUGAAUCAACACAUCUCCCGGGAACCCUAAAUGCUGUAUCCGCGCGCAAGGACAGUCGUCUAGGUUUGCGAUUUCUCUGUCAAACAUUCACCGAAAUCUGUGAGCUGCGGUUAAAAUUGGCUUUCGGUCUUCUCGUUAUUGCUACUCAUCUUCAUCUCAACCCGUCAAACGUCGAAGUUGCCUUUUCCGGUCUUAACGAAAACAGUGAUAUCCUCACUUCCACCUCCAUUCUCGUUCGCUUAACGAAAUUGGUCCACUCGUUUCGGUUACUACAUUGGCUCGGAUCUACUAGGAUGCGCCCGACACCGGAUGCAGAAAAGCUGACCAGCAUAAGAGAACACGUGAACAUUUUGGGCAUGAGCAGCUCGAUAGAUGGGGAAACGCCGUCGGCACCCGAUUUACUUCGGUCCCCGUCCUCCAGCUCAGUACAACUGCCAGGCAUGACCUUGCUCCAGCAAAUUUGCACUGACUGGUCAUGGCUUCACAAACUAUUUUCAGUGGAUUUGGAUUUGACCUCACGUCCCUGCAUGCUCCGCUCCACUCACUUGGUCAGCCUUCUGUGUUCGGCGCUCAGUCCAUCGGAAGACUUUCGCCAUGGCUUACUGCGCGUUUUUCGACACCUCCUGGUUGGUGGGCAUGCCGUUCCAUUGCUUACCCUGAUCAAACUUCUUGAGUCUACAUCUUCUCAAGAGUCCUUGGAUUCUGAUUCAUUCUCAGCGCCUCUUUGGACUUGGGAUGGUGAUUAUUGCCUCCUAUUUCUGUGUACCGGCCUCGCUCACUUCUGGCUCGGCAAUCCAGAUUUGGCAGAGAAUAACUUCAUUCGUGCAUCCGAGUCUCUCAAAUCUCACGUGCAAGCAUCCUUACUUAACUCAACAAUGGACCGUCCCCUAUUGCCUGAACAGCCCCAGUCCAGUCUACACGACCUGCUUAUCGGUUCACUUUUUCCGGGUGAAUUGACCAGUGAGAAACUGCUUUGUUCGAAGGACGGGCAAGAAAUUACUACAGAUACUAUUUGUCCAACGGAGGUCCAAGUUCGAUUUUUGAUGAAAGUCAUGCCGGUUCUCGAGGCAGCGGACUGUGUCUCACAAGUACUCAACCUCUGUGAGUUCUCCUUGAAUCUGUUAGCCAACUUACAACUGACGCCGGACGAAAUGAAUGAUGCGGAUUCGGAACAGCCGGAAUCGAAGCAAUGUGCUCGCAACUAUUCUCGGCGCUUGACAUCCAUGCUGGCCAAUUUGCACGCUUUCGGUGAUGGAACGAGUGAAGGCUUUUUGUGCAAUCCGUUGCCAGAUGAGGAACUCGUGACCGGAAAAUCACCUCAGUCGGGGCUGUAUGUACGUCUGGCUGACUUAGAGGCGGCACUCUGGACCAGAAUGUUCAAACACCAUCUUAGUUUGGGGAACUAUGCGAACGCCCAUUUCCUUAUUCGCAGCAAUCCAGAUGCGGCCCGACGGCGGGACUGCCUGCGUCAGCUCAUCGCCACUCUCUGCGAUCGCGGGGAGUCAGCUCGGUUGGUUGAUUUUCACUACGGAUCAGCUGAACAGGAGUGUGUGUUAAUUCUGGAGGCGCGUGCCAGGGCAACCGACGUCCUACCAAGUUUCGUUGCAUUUUCGAAAAAAGAGCCACCCUAUACCGUCAAUCCAUAUUACGAUGUCUUGUACGCCUUCCAUAUCCGACGUUCGAAUUAUCGUGCGGCAGCCAUGAUUCUUUUUGAGCAUGUCCAUCGGCUGAUGGAGGAGACAACCUGUCCGAUGUCAUCCCUGGACGGCGCUGGCUUUCGUGCCGGUGGUGCUCGACUCCUUUUUGGAUUGCAGCGUCAAGCUGCGAACCUGGCCGCUGCAAUUAAUGCGUUGUAUAUUGUUCAGAAGGAACAUCAGUGGUUGAUUCGUCCAGGAGCGAUCAGCUUUGACGAUGACGUCUACGGUCGGUGGCCUCGGGCAAGCGAUGUGGAUGGUGAGGUGCAUGAUCUUGAGGAGGUGCGAACUGGUUUACACUUGCUUGUUGAAAAUGAUUGGGCCUUUGCUGAUCCUGAUGUGGAAACCGCAAGCUUGUCGACGGAUGCAGAAAUGACCUCUCGUCAGGGCGAACUAGUGGAUUGCUCAAUGACGGAACCGUCUGGGCCAGGCGAUAUGAUCCGUCUCGCUCAAGAUAAGCAAAUUUUACAACUCAACGAUUUGUUGCGCCUGUAUACACUAAUUCGAGCCAGACUGCGCCUCGUACAGGUUUGUUGGGAGCAAGGCAUGUUGCGUGCUGGGUCCAGCAGCCCACAGGAGACUGUUCAGAGCCUCUUAUCUUUGGCACUGUACGAUGAAGCUAUAAGGUUAACCGAGCAGUUUGGACUGGACUGUACCCCUGUUGUGAGUGCCGUCGCCACUCGCUGUGCGGAACUAGCUCAGCAUGUUUCGAGAACUCAAGGGCCUAUGCACAAUGGAUAUGGGAAUUCGACGUCCACCUCUGGAACACAUUCGAUAACCGAUGCGCCUAGUCUUCCCGGACUAUCCAGCGUCUCUUCCUCAUUGUCAUAUGAAGCGGAAUUGGUGAUUCAGUCUUUGCACCGACUGAAUGAGAGCGUUUUGAGGAAGGAUGCUUCUGGAGGCGGAGUUGCUACAAGCACUUGGAACCUGUCCAUAAGCGAAUUGUACUGGCGCCUGUUGGAGGUAGUCUUGACACGUUUAGAUCCGCCUACAGCAAACGCUUCUCUGCGCAGCCUGCACAAUCAUCGUCCACUAGUGAAUGGCGGUGGAGGACAACUGCACCUAAUUGCUUGUGAACACCUUCUGAACUCGAAACCUAAUCAAAUUCAUUUGCCUCAGUGGCUUGUCUCUCACCUUGUAUCACCCGCCAUUGUGACUGCACGACCCGUCGGACUACUUCGGCUUUACAUGCGUUACGACCGAGUGGAAGCAGCUUAUCUGCUGACAAUGCAAAUGCUCGACACCGCGCUUACUUCACUCACGGAAGCUUCCACGCCUGGUUUGCAGUGGCUGACCUUUCCUUCCAUUCUUUUUCUUUGUCCUCAGCGACCGAUGUCAGGCUAUACAAGGUGUAACUUGGAAAAUCAAAAGUUAUGCAUUCAGCCCAUCUGGUUGCCACACAAUUUGAUUGUUCGUCUUUCGGAAGCGCUACGUUUGCUGUCCAAUGAUUUUCCAGCCUGCAAGAUUAUGUAUGAGAACUUGGAAGAGAAUAUGACAAACUACUUUGGUCGUCUCCAGCUUGUUUGUUCAAAACUUGUCACGCUCAAUUGAACGAUUUUCCCAGUGUCCAGCAGAUGCAUUUUCCUCUUUCUAUGUAUCUUUUGUAUUAUAAAAUUUCAUAAAAGAAUAGUUUUAGUUUUCUUACUCAGGGGAUUUCUACAAGCUUGGUGUUUGUAAGAUGAAGCAAACGGCAACCGGUCGUUUAUUCCAAAAUUCCGCGUGUUCACAUGGGUUGGGAAAAUCUGGG